GCAUUCAUGGUCUUUUCCAGGGUUGGGACUUGGGACUUGCCAGUUCCGUAUAGAAUUCAUCUACAUUUAGCAGUUUCAUUUUUAAUGUAAUCACUGCCCACUAUUCCAUUCUGAGUAAUAAUAUUAUACAAACUAACAAUCUUACAAAAAAAAAAAAAAAAAAAAAAAAAUUUCUCACUAUAUCAGUUUCAUUUCCUUCCGGUUUAUGUUUCUGUCUUCCAAUCAAUAUUGCUAUUGUUAUAUAUAGAGAAGAAGCUAUGGCUAUUGCUGAUACAAUUGAAGCUCCAACUAGGCUUGAGGGAAAGUAUGGUGCAAUCUUAGUAUGUUGGAUUCUUGGAUUUGGCUCCUUUGUCCCUUGGAACAGCAUGUUGACUAUAGAAGAUUACUAUUCUUGGGAGUUCCCGCCAAGAUUGUUCCUCUGGAUUUGAAGCGAUACCAUCCAGCGAGGGUACUUACCGUUGUUUAUCAACUAUUUGCACUCGGAACAAUGGCAAUACUUGCAUAUAAUGAGUCAAAGAUCGAUACAAGGAAGCGUAUCUUGAUCGGAUACAUCAUUUUCUUCAUAGGUACUUUGUCUCUCCUCGUUUUGGAUUUAGUCACAUCCGGGAAGGGUGGUAUUGGAAAUUACAGUGGUAUAUGUGCCAUCGUGGCUACCUUUGGAGUUGCAGAUGCUCUUGUUCAAGGAGGACUGGUGGGAGACCUGUCUUUCAUGUGCCCUGAGUUCAUCCAAACUUUCCUAGCUGGCUUGGCUGCAUCAGGAGCUCUCACCUCUGCUUUGAGGUUAAUCACAAAAGCGGUCUUUGAAAAAUCUAGUAAUGGUCUGCGCAAGGGAGUUAUGUUGUUCCUUGCAAUCUCAACAUUCUUUGAGUUUCUAUGCAUAUUCUUAUAUGCGUUCAUCUUCCCUAAACUACCAAUUGUGAAGUACUAUCGAGCAAAAGCAGCCUCAGAAGGGUCGAAAACUGUUUCAUCAGACCUUGCUGCUGCUGGCAUCCAAACAGAAGCGGCAAGCCAAGAAGUUGAAGCUGAUGAUAAACAACAACAGCAGCGGUUGAGCAGCAAGCAACUGUUUUUUCAGAACAUAGACUUUGCAUUGGUCUUGUUUUUUAUAUUUGUCCUGACUUUGUCAAUCUUCCCUGGAUUCUUAUUCGAAAACACUAAAUCACAUCACCAGUUAGGGUCAUGGUAUGCACUUGUUCUGGUAGCAAUGUACAAUGUAUGGGAUUCUAUAUCAAGAUACAUUCCCCUUGUGGAGAGACUCAAGCUAAAAUCGCGAAAAGGACUUUUGUUUGCAACUAUAUCUCGAGUUUUGUUUAUCCCUGCAUUCUAUUUCACUGCAAAGUAUGGUGGUCUGGGAUGGAUGAUAAUGCUCAUAUCUUUCUUGGGACUAACAAACGGUUAUCUCACUGUCUGUGUCCUUACAGAAGCUCCCAAAGGCUACAAGGGUCCGGAGCAAAACGCCUUGGGUAAUUUGCUAGUGUUAUGUGUUCUAGGCGGCGUAGUUGCAGGAGCUUCUCUCGAUUGGUUGUGGCUUAUUGGCAGCAAUGAGCAGUUUUAGAGGGCAAUUUCUUCGAAUUCCAACCUCUCAAAAUAAAAAUUGUGAAAUGUGAAAUACAUGUGUCUUGAUCUCUUGACGAAGAAAGACAGUCUUGGAUAUGAAGUUGGAUCAUGAAAACACCAUCACUACAAGGAAAAGCAGU